AUGUUUUGUAACAACUAGAAGAAUUGGUCAUGGCGGCUUCUUCUUCCGGUAUUGGAUGGAAGUCAACAAGGCCUCAAGUUUUCAUCAAUUUCCGGGGACAAGAGCUACGCAGAGGCUUCAUUGGCUUCCUCGAGCCGGCCUUGAAAAACGAAAACAUUAACGUUUUCAUAGACGAGCUGGAGCUGAGAGGGAGGGAUCUACAGAACCUGUUCGUGAGAAUCAAAGAGUCGAAAAUUACGCUAGUGAUAUUCUCCAAGGACUACGCCAAUUCGGAAUGGUGCUUGGAUGAGCUGGCAAAGAUCAAAGAAUGUAUGGAUCUUGGCAAUCUUUAUGUGAUUCCCAUCUUUUACAAGAUAGAACCUUCCGUUGUUAAACAUCUUCAAGGUUACUUUGGAGAAAGUUUUAUGAAUCUACAGAGCAGAUAUACACACGAUCUGGAUAGAACCCGGAAAUGGGAGGAAGCUUUAGCAUCUGUUCCCCAAAAGUUUGGUUUGCCAUUUCCAGAAAACAGUGACAGGACAGAUUGGGAUUUUAUAAAGUCAAUAGUCGUGGAGGUUAAGAGAGUGCUUGAGCAUAUAGAAGGAAAUUCAAAUCAAAGAGGGCAGCCCCAAGCUAUUCAAGUACAACAGCCGGACGUAAAUUUCCAGCGUGCCAUGUUCAGUGUAAGACAACUCAAGAUAAGCGGCUCUCACAAUGCAAGAUAUUGGAUCUUUGAGUCUAUAUACGAGCCACCAAAUGAGGCGGCCAUUGAAGUUGCAAAGAUGAAAAGAUGUUAUUAUCUGGAAGUAUGCGGAAAGUUCGACACCAAAGAACUGAUAUAUGGGACAAGAUACGAGGUGGUCUUUGUAGUCAGAGUAGAGGAUACAAUGACAAGAUGGAACAAUCCGGCAACAGCGCAACUAAUGGUACCCGAUAACAGCCUGCAAGAGCGGGAAUUUCAGUUUAUUGAUCUCAUAAAAAACGAGUGGAUUGAAAUUCAGGCGGGAGUUUUCGAUGCACAGCCGCAUAAAGAGAAGAUCGCUUUCUUUUUGUAUCAGCACCAGUCUAACAUUCGGAUGACGGGGCUUCUGGUUAAAGGUGCUAUAAUUCGUCCUGUGGAGUAAGCAAGGGCCGAUGCAACCACACCCAUAAGUGUAAAACUCUAUACGAGACAUUUGAUCCCAUGAAAAUAUUUCCUUCAUUAUAUUUUUCUCUUUUCUGAAGGACC